UUUGCAGUAAGACUUGAUUAUGCUAACCUGGUGUGUCUCCUCUGUGUAAACAGCAUGGAGAGAAGCACUAAAAACAUUAAAGAAGAGGACUGUGAAUGGGAGGCUGCCCACCCUAACCAGGAAAUGCUUUGUAUUAAAGAGGAGCAGCAGGACUACGAAUGGGAGGCUGUCCAACCUAAGCAGGAGGAUCUCUGCAUUAAAGAAGAGGAACAUGACUGUGAAGUGGGAUCUGUCCAGUUUAAACAGGAGAGUCUCUGCAUUAAGGAGGAGGAUUUUGAACUGGGGUGCUUAGGCAUUAAAGAAGAUUCUGGGCAGAGGUCUAUUACAGUUGACUCACCAAAACAUGAAAUUCCAGCCAACAUCAAGGAAGUAGACCUUAAUUCUGAGCGCAUCUUUCAGUAUGGGUGUCAAGAGAAGAGGACUGGAUUAGCCUGGCCUGAGAAAGCUUCUAAGGAGAACAGCAUCUGUACUGUCAGUGCGAAGUCGGAGUCCUUAAUGUGUGCCGUCAUGAAGAGUGAGAAAAUAACAUUAAAAGAUGAACUGUCCUCAACAAUUCACACUGGAGAUGAUUUAGAAGACAGUGACAAUUUCUCUUCUUCAUUUGGUCAGACCUCACUACAACAGACACCGCUCAAUGAAAACAUUAAGGAGCUGACAACUGCAUCAGAUAUUUUGGUACCAGCCUCACUGCAGUAUACUUCAUCACCUACUGUGAAACUUGCAAGUUUAGUUGCUAACAAUCCACCUCAGCAAGUCCAAAGUACUAAUCCAUCAUCUUUGUAUGUCUGCCAAGAGCAAGGGAAGAGUGUUAAAGGUAAACUUGAAUGCAAAAAUAAUCAGUGGAGUGAAACAAAAGAGAAGCCAUUCUGCUGUUCUGAGUGUGGUAAACGGUUCACUCGGAUGAGCAGUGUUCAGAAACACACAAGAAUUCACACUGGUGAGAAACCAUAUUGCUGUUCUAAAUGCAGCAAGCGAUUCUCAAAAAUUGGCAGUCUUCAGAUACACACAAGAAUUCACACUGGUGAGAAGCCAUAUUGCUGUUCUGAAUGCGGCAAACUGUUCUCCCAAAGUGGCAGUCUUCAAAAGCACACAAGAAUCCAUACUGGGGAGAAGCUGUAUUGCUGUUCUGAAUGUGGAAAACGAUUCUCACAAAUGAGUUACCUUCAGAUACACACAAGAAUUCAUACCGGGGAGAAGCCGUAUAGCUGUUCUGAAUGUGGCAAACGAUUCUACACCAGCUGCAAUCUUCAGUGCCACACAAGAAUACACACUGGAGAGAAACCAUAUUCCUGUUCUGAAUGUGGCAAACGAUUCUUGAAAAUUGGCAGUCUUCAGAUACACAAAAGAAUUCACACUGGGGAGAAGCCAUAUUGCUGUAAUGAGUGUGGAAAACUGUUUUCCCAUAGGAGUAGUCUUCAGAAACAUACUAGAACUCACACUGGUGAAAAGCCAUAUUGCUGCUCUGAAUGUGGUAGGCGAUUUUCCCAAAUGAGCUAUCUUCAGAUCCACACAAGAACUCACACUGGAGAGAAACCCUAUUGCUGUUCUGAAUGUGGCAAUCGAUUCUCUACCAGUAGCCAUCUCCAGAUACACACAAGAAUUCACACUGGAGAGAAGCCAUAUAUAUGUUCAGAAUGUGGUAAACAAUUUUCAAAAAUCGGCAGUCUUAAGAUACACAGAAGAAUUCACACCGGAGAGAAGCCGUAUUGCUGUUCUGAAUGUGGAAAACUAUUUUCCCAAAACAGUAGUCUUCGGAAACACACAAGAACUCAUACUGGAGAGAAGCCAUAUAGCUGUUCUGAAUGUGGCAAGCGAUUUUCACAACUGGGCAGUCUUCAAGUACACACAAGAAUUCAUACUGGGGAGAAACCAUACUGCUGUUCUGAAUGUAGCAAACGAUUCUCAAAAAUGAGCAGCCUUCAGAUUCACUUAAGAACUCACACAGAAAAGAAGAAUGAUGAAGUUGAGAAGAAAGGAGAGUGCUGUCCAGGAGCUUGGAGGAAAGAAGUAUUAAUGAGAAGAGGCUGGGGUCUCAGAAGGGCCGGGUUAAACAAACAGGGAGACAAGGCACACCUUACUAUGUACACCAUGGAGAAAAGAAGUGUGGACAUUAAAGAAGAGGAUUGUGAAUGGGAGUCUGUCACCUUUAAAGAAGAUUCUGAGCAGAAUUCUUACAAUGCUGAUGUGCAGAAACGUGAUGGUAUGAAGUGGGUCAAAGAAGAAAACCUCAAGUCAGACCCUGUCUUUCUAGAAGAGGAGGUAACAGGGCUGGGCCCCCGCACCCUGCAGGGUCAUUCUCUUCACGUGAAGUCGGAAUCUUUGGAGUGUGAUGUGAUGAGAGUAGAGAAAUCAUCAAGUUUGGGUCAUUCUGAAGAAGGUUUACAACAGAGUGGAGGCUUCUCCCUGUCUUCAUUUGCUCAGACGUCAGCUUUUCUCCCAAGCAGAUCACAGCAGAAACAGUGUGAUGAAGAUGCAAAGGAAGUGGCAUCUGGAAUAGUGGAUUUCACACCACCCUCUUUGCGAUAUAGUUCUUUGCCUGUUGAGAACCUAACAUUAAUGGGUACCCUCAAUACCCAACAGCAGUACAGCUCAAAUCCAGUACAUAUGUAUGUCCUUCAAGAGUGCAAGAAAAAUUUUAAACCCAAAUCCAGUUAUAACCAGAGGUGUUAUAAGAAAUUGAAGGCGUAUUGCUGCCCUGAAUGUGGCAAACGAUUCUGCCACAUUGGAAGUCUGGAGAAACACUUAAGAAUUCACAAAGAAGAGAUGAAUGCUCCCCAGGAUAAGCCAUUUAGCUGUCCUGAAUGUGGCAAACAAUUCCUUACUAAUAGUAAUCUUUUGAGACACACAAGAAUUCACACUGGAGAGAAGCCAUAUUGCUGCUCUGAUUGUGGCAGAAGAUUCUCACAAAUAACCCAUCUCCAGACACAUGCAAGGAUUCACACUGGGGAGCAGCCAUAUGAGUGUUCUGACUGUGGGAAACGUUUUUCCAGCAGUAGCACACUUAAGACACACAGGAGGAUUCACACAGGAGAGAAGCCAUAUUGCUGUAUUCACUGUGGCAUACGAUUUUCUGACAGGAGCAGUCUUCACAAACAUUCAAGAGUUCACACUGGGGAGAAACCAUAUUGUUGUUCUGAAUGUGGAAGACGAUUUUUUGACAAUAGCAGUCUUCAGAGACACACAAGAAUUCACACUGGGGAGAAGCCAUAUUGCUGUCCUGAAUGCGGCAAACAAUUUGCUGACAGUAGCCAGCUUCCAAGCCACACAAGAAUUCACACUGGAGAAAAGCCGUAUUGCUGUUCUGAAUGUGGCAAGCGAUUUUCACAAAGUAGUAGUCUUGUUGUGCACAAAAGAAUUCACACUGGAGAAAAGCCAUAUUCCUGUUCUGAGUGUGGAAAGCAAUUCUCCUGCAGCAACCGUCUUCAAAAGCACUCAAGAAUUCAUACCGGGGAGAAGCCGUAUUGCUGUUCUGAAUGUGGAAAGGAGUUCUCCAAUCGCACUGCUCUUGUGGUGCACAUAAGAAUUCACACUGGGGAGAAGCCUCAUUGCUGUUCUGAAUGUGGCAAGCGAUUUUCACAAAUCAGCCAUCUUCAGCAACACACAAGAAUUCACACUGGUGAGAAACCCUACUCCUGUUCAGAAUGUGGCAAACUAUUUUCUGACAGGGGCAGUCUUCAGAAACACACAAGAAUUCACACUGGAGAGAAGCCGUACUGCUGUUCAGACUGUGGCAAACGAUUUUCCAUAAGCAGCAGUCUUCAGACCCACAGGAGAAUUCACACUGGAGAGAAACCAUAUUGCUGUUCUGAAUGUGGCAAACUAUUCUCACAAGUUGUCCAUCUUCAGAAACACAUGAGACAACACACUGUAAAAACGUGUAAUAUGGAGGACACAGUCCCAGUUACCCAGGAGCCUCCUAAGAUGGUCUGUAAAUGUGAAGAGGUGAGCGAUGAGGAGGAAGAGAAGAGUCGCACACGACACAUGGGCCUCCAUUUCAUGACUAACUUGGAGAGAAGUGUGGACAUCAAGAAAGAGGACUGUGAAUGGGAAUAUGUGCCCUUUUCUCAGGACUGUCCUACCAUCAAGGAGGAGGAUUGUAAAUGUGAGCCAACAUUUGACAGCAGUGACAUGCAGGAAACUGAAAUAAGAAGUGUGAAAAAAGAAGAAGUCAAAUGGGAGUUUGUGUCUCAGCAGGCGAGUUCAGAUGUCACAGGAUCAGGCCUCACUCUGAAGAGUCCGCACACCCUACAGCGUCACUCUGUCCUCGUGAAGUCGGAGUGUUUGGAAUCUGACGUGACCAGGAUUAAGAAAGAGUUAAGUUCCUGUCCUUCUGGAGAAGAUUUACAAGAAAGUGACACCCUCUCUCCAUCAUCAUCUCCUCUUCACUGCAGACUCUCGCAAGAUGAAAACUUGAAGAAGCCGAUGUCUGAAGCAGAGACUUUGUUACCAGCCCAUAGCAAGAAGCCACAUUGCUAUUCUAAACGUGGCAGGAAAUUUUCUUACCAGAGCACUCUUUUGACCCACACAAAAGUUCACAAUGGAGAGAAGCCAUAUUGCUGUUCUGACUGCAGUAAACAAUUCUCUACAAGUAGCUCCCUUAUUGCUCACAAACGGAUUCACACUGGUGAGAAGCCAUAUUCCUGUACUGAAUGUGGCAAACAGUUCUAUAGGAGUUUCCGCCUUCAUUCCCAUAAAAGAAUUCACACUGGAGAGAAGCCAUAUUGUUGUUCUGACUGUGGUAAACGAUUUAGGACCAGUAGUGGUCUUCAAAACCACAGACGGGUUCACACUGGAGAGAAGCCAUAUUCCUGUACUAAAUGUGGCAAACAAUUCUCUACAAGUAGCUCCCUUCUUAACCACAGACGGAUUCACACUGGAGAGAAGCCAUAUUCCUGUACUGAAUGUGGCAAACAUUUCUCUACAAGUAGCUCCCUUCUUACCCACAGACGGAUUCACACUGGAGAGAAGCCAUAUUCCUGUACUGAAUGUGGCAAACAGUUCUCCAGGAGUUUCCACCUUCAUUCCCAUAAAAGAAUUCACACAGGAGAGAAGCCAUAUUGCUGUUCUGACUGUGGUAAACAAUUUAGGACCAGUACUCUUCUUCAAAACCACAGACGGGUUCACACUGGAGAGAAGCCAUAUUCCUGUACUGAAUGUGGCAAACAAUUCCCUACAAAUAGCUCCUUUCUUACCCACAAACGGAUUCACACUGGAGAGAAGCCAUAUUGCUGUUCUGACUGUGGUAAACUAUUUUCAACAAACAGCUCUCUUCUAACCCACAGACGGAUUCACACUGGUGAAAAGCCAUAUUACUGUUCAGACUGUGGUAAACAAUUCUCUAAAAGUAGCCAUCUUAAAAACCAUAGACGGAUUCACUCUGGUGAGAAGCCAUAUUGCUGUUCUCAAUGUGGUAAACAAUUUAGCAACAAUGGCAAUCUUAAGAGACAUAUUAGAAUCCACAGUGUAGAAAAUUAAAUACAGAACUAAAGAGCAAAACAUGACUGUUCAUACUCAGAAAUAAUUACCACCUAGAAAUGGAAUAGAUUGAAAGUGGAAAAUAAUCUCUAAUAAUGAGAUACUGGUAAGGACAUUUAAUGUUGUGAGGAAUUAAAGUAAGAGCAAAAUGUAUGAAUUGCACAAGCUACACAAUAAACUCAAGAGAACAGUGUCCCAGCUAUUCAACAAGUAGACACUAAAAAGAUUGAAAAUAAAUGGAAAGUGCAGCAAUUAAUGCCCUAAAAUGGAUACAAAUUUUAAAUUACAAAAAAUAAUAAUUAGAAAGGCAGAGAUACCUCCAACAAUACGGACAAAUUGAACCUGGAAAACCUUUUCGGACCUCCUGAAGGCAGACGAGAGUAAAGAACUACACAGAAGAGAGAGGUAUUACAGAGGAUGGUGUUAAACAGCACUGAAUACAUCUUUAUAUGUAAGGUAGGCGAGACCGGGUGAACUAUAAAUCAACUGCCAAUCCCAGGGCUUUGGAAUGUCAGAUUGGGAAUAAGAACAUUUCCGUAAAAUUAUCAUAAAGAACAAAAUUUACUGUGUGCACAUUGUAACAAGACAAGACAAUGUCAAAGUGAUGGAACACCUUGCUGCAAACUUCAUAUUAUUGAGCUAAAAUAAAAAAGUAUUAAAUGCAAAUUGAGUCUUACUGAGGCCAGAGUCCUCUCCGGUGACUGACAAAGAUGGUGUCUCCUCCAGUUAUGACGUGUGCUGGGGGUCUAGAUGGUCAGGCCCCAAAAGUGACAUUGAAGGAGAGCAGCUGUCAAUGUUCCUUUCUGCAGGAGGAAGGAAAGGGAGGCCGUAAUCAGACAGCACCAACCCCUGGAUCGGAGGAGAAUGACCAACACCAAAUCCCUUAAACUGUCUCCCAAGUACACACGCAGGACAACAUUAAUUUACAAGACCGAGAUUGAUAUCCCAAGGUCAAAUGAUGACAAAAGUUUAUUAGGAGAAGAAAGGAGAAAUUGGAAAAUAUCAAGAUAAACCAUCUAAAAUAGGGAACAAAUAACUGAGUUUUUGGUUCCGUUUUAUGAAUAAAAAGUUUCCUUCCUCUUGAUGUCCUGUCUAUUACCAUCACUCCUGUGAGUUAACACAAGACUCUCUGAGGAGGAGGAAAAUGUCAUGACUGCUGGGUAAAGUUCACUGCUGUCACAGAAAGACAAGACCAUUUUGAGAAAUGACCCCCUGUGAAAGGCAGCAUUGAUGUUUUAAAUAAAACCAGUGACUUGACAGUUUAAACUGGACUGACAAGUGCCAUAAUAAUGGAGCAGAAGAGGCAAACGGAGAAGAAGAAGAGAGGAAAACUAGUGGUGUUUGUCAUGUAAGAAAUGUCUCCAAAGGUACUGUGCUCUUAGAGUUCUUCUUGAGUUCCCAGAGUUUGUAUUCUAAGAACAGAUUGCACUUGUUGUUUUAAAAAUAAGUUUGAUAAUGUUUGAACCCCCCCCCCCCCCCCCCAUUCAUGUUCUACUGUUGAGCCCCUACCUUUGCCCUAUAAAGACCCUGAAGAUUUUCUUAGUACACUAAAGUCUCUUGAGCGUCAUCCUCAAAGGGAGUAAGACUGAGCGAUAGAUUUGUCAUCUGGAGCUCCUGUACGUAAAGGGAGAAUGUGUUUGUAUUGUCAAGGCCAAUGACUAAGACUAUGGAGGAAUAUCUCCAAGAUGAUCUCCAAAAUGGCUUCAUUAGACCUCCAGGAGGCCAGCAUGAUGUUUUCUUCUUGUUUAAAAUAUUGUUAUUUACAUUCUGUGUGUUGAUGUUCAGGAAUUCAAUAAAAAAGUUCAAAACAAUCACCCCCCUCCAUUGCUUCCAUCUUUACUUAGUCGGCUCACCGGCUCCUCAAUUCUUUGUAAACGUGAUAUUUUUACUGUAGUUUGUAUAAUCUGGUGAAUGUAAAGAAACAGAAGAAUGGAAGAUGACUUUCAGCAGCACCAGUGGACGUUAUGAAUCCUUU